AUGGCUCAUGGCUGCUGCUAUUUAAGUCGAAGAUUAAAUCAGCUAUCGAGCCAUGAUCCAUUAUGGAAAAGACACUGCAAGAAGUACUGGCUUAUUUCAGAAGAGGAAAAAAAUCAACGAAAUCAGAGCUGGAAGGCGAUCUUCAUUAGUACUUACUGUGAUCUAGGAAGAUAUAUCCAGUAUUAUGCUACACUGAAAAAGGCCUGGGAUGACUUGGAAAAAUACUUAGGACAGCGGUGUCCUCGGAUGAUUGGUUCUUUGAAAGAGAGUGUGCAGGAGGAGGAUCUAGAUGCUGUGGAAGCACAAAUAGGUUGCAAACUUCCUGAUGAUUAUCGAUGUUCAUUUCGUAUUCAUAAUGGACAGAAGCUAGUUGUUCCUGGUUUGAUGGGAAGUAUGGCAUUGUCCAACCACUACCGCUCUGAAGACUUGCUGGAUAUUGACACAGCUGCUGGAGGUUUUCAACAGAGGCUAGGUCUGAAACAAUGCCUUCCUCUUACCUUCUGCAUUCAUACUGGCCUGAGCCAAUACAUGGCCUUGGAGAGUGUGGAGGGUCGAAAUAAAUACGAGAUCUUCUAUCAAUGUCCAGACCAAAUGGCUCGGAAUCCAUCUGCUAUUGAUAUGUUCAUUACAGGUACCUCCUACUUGGAAUGGUUUACAUCUUACGUAAACAAAGUUGUAACUGGUGGUUACCCUAUCAUCAGAGACCAGAUUUUCAGGUAUGUGCAUGAUAAAGAAUGUGUUGCUACUACAGGAGAUAUUACUGUUUCUGUGUCCACAUCUUUUCUACCUGAACUCAGUUCUGUACAUCCACCUCAUUAUUUUUUCACUUACAGAAUCAGAAUUGAAAUGUCCAAAGAUGCCCUUCCUGAGAAGGCUUGUCAGCUGGACAGUCGAUACUGGAGAAUAACAAAUGCCAAAGGUGACGUAGAAGAAGUUCAGGGUCCUGGAGUAGUUGGGGAAUUUCCAAUAAUCAGUCCAGGGAGAGUCUAUGAAUACACCAGCUGUACUACAUUUUCUACCACUUCCGGAUAUAUGGAAGGAUAUUACACUUUCCAUUGCCUUUACUACAAGGACAGAUUCUUUAAUGUUACAAUUCCCAGAUUUCAUAUGGUGUGUCCGACGUUCAAGGUGUCUACAGCACGGAUAGAAACGAAUCAUAAUGAAUACGCCGUGGAUGAAGACGAAGAUUCGACAGACACUGACGAGUACGAAGACAGGCGCAGAGUGUUGGACAUUCCUGCACCUUCUGGUCGCUGCCCACGUCACACCUGAUGGGAUUUUUUUUUUUUCCCAAAAUGGAACAAACUGAUGGUCGCAGAAGCUGAACUCUUUGGGGCUAGUGCAUAAAAAUAUUUCUGACUAUUGUAAAUGAACUUUCUGUUGCACAGCAGGGCAACUAGCAUGAAUGUUGGUGCCAGUUCUCAUAUUAAUUGGAGUAUACUUUUUUUUUUUUUUCUCCUGUGGUUUGGAAUGGGGGGGGGCAGGGAGGGAGAGAAAGAUGUUUGGGUUCUGUUCACUUUUUUU